UGUUUGCAAGCCACACACUUCAAGCAAGCCCCGACACGUAGUACCACUAACUAGAUGUGGGGAUGUUGACUCGACUGAUAUAAACCCUUUAGUCCAAUUGUUCCGUAAUACUGGAAGGGGAACGCAAUACAGCGUUUAACGUUUUAUGUAGUAUCUUUGGACUGGUACUACACAUCAUCAUGCCUGCGGUACGGAAUGAACAGCGCCAAGACCUCGACCUGGCCUCCUCGGGAUCCCGGUCUGCGACGCGUCGAGAGUCUGAAGCCCCGAGCACGAAAUCCUCGCACAACCUUCGCGUCAAAGAGAAGACCGAAGAGGGGCUCACCUCGGCCUACACGCGUGCCAUAGAACGUUGGAUCAAUGAUCCUGAGUUUUCGCGGUGGCGGGAACCUGCGAACUACCUCGAGGGAAAAGAGGGUUUCAUUGAAUGGAUAGAGGAGGUUAUCGAGAGGUACACCAAAGCAGAGAUGUCGAUCGAAGAUCACUGGAUCGUCUCAAUUGCCGCUCACAGCGGUUACAAUCUCAUCUACUGCAACGAACCGUGUCUACAGGACCUUAAGGUAAUUGGUAAACUGAAACCCAAUAUCAGCAAGAACUGUGCGUGUUUCCUCGCCGAUUGUGCUCAGAACUAUCAAGACUCCGAGGCGGAUUUCUUCAAUCACCCUGCUUAUCGUAGACAGAGACGCGCCGCUGCCACACAACUGUUGUUGCUCGCGAAUAUUGGCGAAGGUACUACUCUGCGGAUCCCCAGAAUGCGUCGGGCACGUACCUGCCUCAUCCAUGGCGUCAUGACUACGAUUGACGGUGAUCCGGGUUGUGAAUGGGCCAAGAAGGUGACGCUGUCUGAAGAUGAUUUCCGGGAAAUUUGGACGCUCGG